GCAGUAUCGAGCACUCAGUGCCGGGUUAAAAUUAACACAAUUUGUCAUAUCGCUAGUAAAAUGCACACGAGUCUAUUGGGUGCUACGAUCAAAUAUUAAUAAAAAAAAAUAACAUAUAAAACCCAUUCAAAGAGUUUCUAUCAAUGAAAAAAAUAUCAUAGACCACAAUUCCAAUUUCAAAAUUCAUAAGCCGUAUGAAAAGUGUGUAAAGUUUAGUUUGAAGCGUAUCGUGCAACGGUGAGCAACGACGUUCUCCUUCGAUGAGAUAAAUCCGCUUGUUUUCCUUAUCAAGAUUAAUGUACCUACCUAUAGUGAUAAAAAUAUCUGUAGCCAGUUAAAACUACGACAGUGGAAGCUGUCACGCGAGCGUCCACGUAUCAAUUUGAAUAAAUUACAACAAAAUGUGGUCCAAACUGUUUACUACCGUUAAAUAUAUUUUAGUGACUGUCAACUUUUUGUUCUUGAUCACUGGCAUUAUUAUUCUGUCGGUCGGCGGGUCGGUACAGUCGGCAUACAAUGGAUACCAUCCGUUCCUGUCCGAUAGAUUUUUCUCUCUGCCCGCGUUUUGCAUCGCGACAGGAGUCAUCAUAUUCCUGAUAUCGUUCUUCGGGUUCUAUGGAGCCUUCAUGGAGAAUUACAUUAUGAACAUGACGUUCGCGGGUGCCAUGAUUCUGAUGUUCAUUUUCCAACUGUCAGCUUGCAUCGCUGGGUAUGCGCUGAAGGGUAACACCGUGGCGUUGGUACACCAACAGCUGACACUGACCAUGGAUCUAUAUGGACCUAACAAGAGCAUUGAGGUCACCAAGUUAUGGGACCAGGUGCAGGAAGAUUUCGAAUGCUGUGGCGUAGUGAACGCCAGCAACUGGCUGAUCCCGCUAAACACUCAAGAGUCGAAGGGCCUACCAGUCAGCUGCUGCAGUCACGUGUAUGGCACAGUCGCCACGUUUAAUUGCACCAUAGACAAGGCCUAUACUGUUGGAUGCGCGGAGUCGUUCGGAAACUGGGUGCAAAGUCAUGCUGCGGGGAUCGGAGUGGCUGGGAUCUUUUUAGUUUUAAUGCAGGGCCUGGCAGUGGCCGGAGCAUUAUGGAUGGCGAAAAUAUCCAGAGAAGAGCGCGGUGCCUACCCUUAAUACUUUUAAUUCCUAUUAAAACUUCUAUCUAAGUCACCAGUAUCAUCAGUACAUUAUGUGUUGUUAACAAAAAAGUUUUUAUUCAGUUACAUGUAGAACAAAUUAUGAUAUUACUCAUACAUCAAACUUGGUCCAUGUUUCUUUUUUUUAAGUUUCAGAAGUGAUUUGUAUGUCAUUAAUAUCCGAUUAAAUCCCGAUAGGUAUUUCCAGAGUAAUUUCCAUUGUACCAAAAUCAAUAUACCUGUAUGAUAAGUAUGGAACCACUUAAGGAUAUUUUAACUACGUACGCAUUUUGAACUAUGAAGCAUAAAUUUGUAAAAAGACCAGUUUAGUCAUGUAUUUAUUAAAUAAGCAGUUGUUUCAAUAAUUUAUUAAAAGCAAAAUGUUAUUAAUUCAUUAUAUACACAAUUCAGAGUGUCAAUUUAAAUAGCAGUAAAAUUUUAUAACAAUUGAGUUAUCAUAACUAUCAAUGACAACUCUUCAAUCUAUGUAAAAAAUAGAAAUAAGUGCAUUUCACGAACUAUAAGUACAUAGCAGAUUUAAGCGGAUACAAUAAUUUUAAUAAAACAUACAUGCUUAACUGUACAAUAUUCAGCAUUUCUUGGCCGAGCGACGAAAAAAAUAUUUUUGAUUAUUUUCACUUUGAUUGAUUUAAUAAUCACUCAAAAAUACAUACCUAUUGGAUAUACAUCAAACGCCUUUAGAAAAAAUGGAUAUGUAUUAAAUAGUUUUCCGUAAACAAUGUUUAAGUACCAUAAAUUGACCAUCUUUGUACUCAGCUACAUCCGGUUAGACUGGAAGCCGAUCCCAAUAUAGUUGGAAAAAAGGCUCGGAGAAUAAUAUGAAAUUGACCAUCUUUGACAAAGCAUUUUUUUGUGCCAACUAGAAAAUAACUAUCCAUUUCCUUAGAAAAUUAUUAAAUGUUGUUUAUUUAUUUGUUAUGCGUGUUUUUAAUUUAAUUGAUUAUACAUAAUAUAUCAGCCAGUGGAAUUGUUGUAAGAAAAUAAAAAGUUAUAUAAUA